GGAUUUCAAAUUAAAUAAACAGAUUUAGAUUUGAAUUAAAUUUUUACUUUAUAUAGGUCGUAUAAAUUAGUGCAGAAAAGCUAGAACUUAUAAAAUAAAAUUAAACUAGAUAAGUUGCAACUAUUAAACUACCCUGAAUGUAACUAAAUUUUAGUUAAUUAUAAAUAUGGAUUAAUGACCUAAGAUGGAGACUUAAGCUAAGUAACCUACAGGCAGCUUAUUGAAAUAACUAGGCCCUUGUAAAUAGGGAAUAAUAUAAAGGGAAAUAAAAAGAAUAGUGACUCUAGCAAGAUUCCCCCUGCAUAGCCCUUAGUUUGUAGUCAAUGUUUAAUAUAAUAAAAAAAUAUAAGAUCAUCUAGUAUUCACUUGUAAAAGGUCCAUAAUGAGUAAGUUCGAGUAGGUUAUCCCCCUACUAUAUAAGGAAGAUCUUUUGCAAUAACUGUGCCUCUUACAGUAAACCUUUCUAAUAAGUUUGACCAACUUUUAUAGCCAAUAGAGACAAAGAAAAAGUAAUCUCAUUAGACCAAUUCAAAUAGAUUCGAAGAUGAUUGAAGAAAUACCUUAGAGCAAAAUAGUCAGUGGCCGAAAGGCUCACAUUACUAGUUAAACUAGUUUCUUAAUCCGGAUCCACCGAACAGGAAAAAGAGAAGAGGGAAAAGGUUUUGUUUUCAUUUUAAUAUAUAUUAUUAUUUUUUUAUUACUUAUCUAAAAACAAAACGAAACUAUCAAGAAAAUAAUAAUAAGUCAAAUAAUAACUUAACCUUGA